UCUCUUGGAACUCCAGUCAACUACCCUCCCAGCAUUGUGUCAUUAGCGAGGCGAUGAAAUAUAUAUGAAAUAGGAGAUGGAAUUCUGCCCAUAAAUGAUAAUGCUUGGCUGAUCAAGAACGAACUUUCAAAGGAAUAGCAGCUGAAUUGCAAUUUUUCGUCAAACGAUAUUUAUCCAGAGAAAUAUGGGCAAUGCUGGACAUCGGGCACAGAAGGCAGUACUAAUUGGUUCUUUGGUCCUACUCUUUAUUGCUUUGGGUACAUCUAUCAUUGCCGUCCUCUCGCCUUCAUGGCAAGUGGUCGUUAUACGCGAAUUCCGUGCACAACAUCAUCACGGUUUAUGGCAAGACUGUACUCGUCCAUACUAUCAUUCACACACAGUAAACAGUAAAGAAUACAAGGAACUGCAGCAUACUACUUUUUUUUGCACAUAUAAAUUUGAUCACAAUGCUCGAGAGAUUAUUGAUGAGAAUCUACUGGAUAUAAAUCAGAAUAGUGCUGCUGGUGAAGCUGAGCAUCAUCAAUUUUUUGGUUGGCAGAAGGCAGUGUUAAUAUGCUUCACUGUGGUCUUUGCAUUCAGUGGACUGUCGCUGUUGUGUGGCAUUUGUGCACCGUGCAGUAAUCCCAUUGCUGUUUUCUUCACUAUUCUCAUCUUUAUCGCAUUACUUUUCUCGAUUAUUGCAAAUGCGACAUUCUUCUUCGCUGCACACCGAGUUGACAGUCGAUUUGUACAUGGACUUGUUGGUACUUACGAGCAAGAAAUUGGUCCUGCUUUCUAUUUAUCAUUAGCGUCGACGUCGUUGCUGUUGUUUUCAUUCCUCUUGGCGCUGGUAUCAACGUACUACUUAGUUCAAGAUGCAAACAGACCACAUGAUGGAUUAAUUUCACCAGUGAUGCGCGAAUUGAUACCGUUAUACAAUUCUACUAGGCACACCGCCAUUUAAUUUUGUUGUUUUAUUUCGCUGCUUGGAUUUGGAUCUUGUUACAAUUAAAAAUAUUGACUCUGUUUUGAAUUCGAAUCAUGGAUUGUUUAAAGAAUAAACAAACAAAAUCAAAACUGUAAGACUCUUUGAAUGACCUAGUAUCUGUUUGACAUGCAGAGAGAGAUAUGUUUGAAUAAAUUCUACAUCUCCUGAUGAUGCUACAUCGUGAAGUAUUGCUAAAAAAAGUACAACGGUCUUACUGGAUUGCAUGCAUGCAAAAAAGGUGAAACGCGACAAUUAAAAAUCAAAGUAGUUUGAUUGCAUGCAUGCAA